CCCUCACUCGCCGUCAACAGUCUGGCAUCGCCGACUAGACACACACUCACACCUCCUCUCUCUCACCCCCAAAAGCUAGUGCAGACCGCAAGCACAGCACAGCACAGGCAACUCGACCGACAAUGAACCCCGUCGUCGCGCCCCGCAUCGCCCUCUCGGGCGUCUCGGGCGUCUGGCAGCGCCGGCUCGCCAAGACGCCCCUCCGCCGGCGGACGUUCACGAGCACGCCGCUCGCGCUCAAGCCCAAGGCGCGCCGCAACGCGCCCAUCUCGGACCCGUACGGCCCGACUGCGCUCUCGGCCUUCCUCGCGCGUCUGUCCCUCCCCGCCUGUCCCGAGCUGCACCCCGCCCUGCUCGCCGCCCUCACGCACCCGUCGUUUGCGCGCGCGGCCGAGCGGACGCAGAGCGCCGCUGCCAUCAUCGCGGAGGAGGCUGCCAAGGGUGACGACCCCGUCGCAGAGGUCGAGGCCGAGGUCGUCGCCCACGCCCCCCUGCCCGAGACGAACGAGCUGCUUUCCGUCCUCGGAAACUCGCUCCUCGGCCUCUUUGGAAGCGAGUACCUCGCGCAAAAGUACCCCCACCUGCCUACCGGCGGCAUCAAGAACGCCUUGACAUCAUACGUCGGCCCCGAGGCGCUCGUGUCGGUCGGCCGUGAGCUCGGUCUGGCGGUUGUCAACGACGCCGGCAACGCCCACUCGCGUGCCAACGCCGUUGUUGGUCUUCCUAUCCGCUGGUCCAGGAGCGCGCGUGAGGAGGGAGAGACCAAGGUCGAGACGCCUGUCGCACCUGGGUUCCGUGAGGGCCGCGAGGAGAAGAAGGUCUGGCGCAAGAAGCAGGCCGACACCUGGCCCGAGGCGGUUGCGUCGGUCGUGCGAGCGCUUGUUGGUCUCAUCUACCAGGAGCAGGGAAUCCACGCCGCGCGUGACUUUGUUCACGCCCACUUCCUCUCGCGUCACGUUGACAUGUCGACGGUGAUGAACAUCCGUCACCCCAAGCACGUCCUCUCGACCGUUGUCAGCAAGCACCUGAUCAACGCUGGUGCCCCUGCGUCGUCGACCAUUGGCCGCAUCGACAGCCGCGUGCUCGCAUCGUCUGGUGUCAACUCGCAGGCGCCACUGUUCAACAUUGGCUUGUUCCUUCCCAACGGGUUGAAACUCGCCGAGGGCCACGGCUCGUCGAUCGGCAUGGCCGAGCACCGCGCCGCGACCAACGCGCUCCACUCGCUCUUCCUCGCACGCUCGGACGCCACCUCGGCGUCCCCACGAGGGCUCCCUACCACCGCGCACUCGGAACGGCCAAUCGCCAACGGCGCGAUUGAGAAGGGGUCUGACGGAGGCUUUGCUGGCAACUCUUGGGGAGGUGACGAGUCGGUCUUUGGUCUCGGACGGGGACUCAAGACGGCGGCUUAGGCAGUAGAUAGCGCUUCGGCGUAAUUGCAUUUACAGAUACCACCCUUGGCAAAGGGGCAUGCAUUGAUCACGGAAAAGGCCCGAGUCGCGCGCAGCGCGGCGAGGGG